UGUGAUUUGGAAAGAUUGUGAUAUUUCAGAUAAAAUGGAGGAAUAUGUUGAUGUUGGAACAGAUAUAGAGGUGGAUGAAGCUAUCUGUAUAAUCUGUGGUGGAUCAACCUAUGAAGGAGAAACUAUAAGUUGUGAAACCUGUUUAAGAUGGUUCCAUUUUCAAUGUGUCGGGGUUUCACACGAAGACGACUGUGUGCGAAUGGAAGAUGUUCCCUACUAUUGUCCAUCCUGUGCCGUCAAGGUACUGGGGGAGAAGGGACGGAAGAAACCCACCUCGAAAUCUCCCCGAGCUCAAAAAAGAAAACCGAAACCUAAGAAACCUGCCAAACCUGUAAAAGUUAAACCUGAACCUAAACCAGAUCCAAUACCAAGUGAUGGAAUAAAGUUAAAAAUUAAUUUAAAAAAUCAACCUGUCAAAACUCCUAAACCUCCGAAAGUUGCCAAGGCGCAUAAAAUAAGAACAGAAGAGCGACGAUCAUUUGUGGAAGAUUUAAAUCUUCCUGAUCCUAAUUUAUCCGAAGAGUCUGAUUCAGAAAACGACCAACCGCUAAUAAUUGAUGAGAUUGCGCCUCGAGCUGUAAAAGUUGGGCGGAGACGCCUGAGUCAGAAGCAGGGUGGAGAGGACGGAUUCCUGAUGAGGGAGAUUCAGACUUUUGGAUCAGAAAUACGACAGGAGAACCUUCAAGCACUACUCCAGGUUGGAUCUGUUGAUGAUAUUGACGUGGUUGAUGUUGGACUGGAUAUAGUUGAGAUUGAGAAGGAUGAUGUAACUGAGCAGGAUGAGGAGGAGAGAUGGUUGGCUGCAGUAGAGGAGGGAAAUAUUGAGAAGGUGCAACAGGAGGAUGCAGAACUCAGGAGUGUAAGAGAUCCUAAAUCCUUGACAGCUCGCCAGAGAUCUUUAAUGAAUGAUGGAUUAGAAGUCGAAGAUCUUUAUCAAGCUUUAGACUUUGGAAGCAGAAAGAAAACUGAUGUCAAGGAAGAAGACACUGAGGAGAAGGCGAUUAAAGCGAAGAAGAGAAGAGAGCUUGAGACUGAGAAGAAGGAGAAGAUAAAGAAGAAAACUAUGGACACUCUUCUUAAAAAGAAGGAUUCUAAAACUACAAAACUUUUAAAAUCAUUUAAAUCCCAAAGGGAUGAAUUACCAAAGAUAUCUUAUGUUCAGAACCAGUUCGGGUCAUUUCUCAACUUUCCUCCGGGUGCAGAGUUUCCAAUGGAGAGUAGGGCGGAAGUAUCUCCCCCUGCUAAGGUUUACUGCUGCAUGUGUUCAAAUUUAAAGAAAUAUUCUUGUUCAAAAACUGGGAAACCUUUAUGUAGUCUUCAAUGCUAUGGAAAAAAUUUAAGUUUACGUAACUCCGCUUAAUGUUAUUAUUUCAGAAAAA